CCCAAAAAUUUCUGGUCAACAAGGGGGGCUGUGCAGAAGGAAUCGCCAUUUUCUGUCUGUCUCUGCACCGCGUCUCUCUCUCUCUACUUUCUCUCUCCUCCUCAUUCUCAGAUUCACCAACUCCAAGGUUCUGAAUCUAGAGAGAGAAAAUCCACCCCCUAGAAAGGGAGAAUCGAUCAUCAGAAACAACUGUUUCAGAUAGAGAGGGGGAGAGAGAACUAUCAUCGAAGAUAUACAUACAUUCGCAGAGUGAGAGAGAGAUCAGCAGAGAUAAAGCUUGAAUCGAAGAGGUAUAGAGUGACAGAAAGAGAUAAGAGUAGAGAAGUUGAGUAGUUGGAACUGUAUUGGAUCUAUUCGGACUACCAUGAAUUCGAACUCUUUGAUCAAAUCGCUCGAAUCGAAAUUGGGAAUAUCAUUUGGGUCCGAACCCAUUUCUGAUGUGGUGGUUUUGAUUGUGACGACCUCUAUUGCUUUGAUCAUUGGCUUGAUUUUCUUCCUAUGGAAAAGGUCGUCUGAUCGGAGUAAAGAAGCGAAGCCUGUGGUGGUUUCGAAGCCAUUGACGGUCGAGGUAGAAGAAGAUGAGGUUGAGGUUGGUUCGGGGAAGACUAAGUUGACCAUAUUCUUUGGUACUCAGACAGGCACUGCCGAGGGAUUCGCUAAGGCAUUGGCUGAGGAGAUCAAGGCAAAAUAUGAAAAGGCAAUUGUCAAAGUUGUUGACUUGGAUGAUUAUGCUGCUGAUGAUGAUCAGUAUGAGGAAAAACUUAAGAAAGAAACUUUGGCAUUUUUCAUGGUGGCAACUUAUGGAGAUGGAGAACCAACUGAUAAUGCUGCAAGAUUUUACAAAUGGUUUUCUGAGGGAAAUGAAAGGGGAUCCUGGCUUCAGCAUCUUUCAUAUGGUGUUUUUGGUCUGGGUAACCGUCAAUAUGAACAUUUUAACAAGAUAGCAAAGGUGAUAGAUGACAAAUUUACCGAAGAAGGUGCAAAGCGUCUCGUUCCAGUUGGUCUUGGGGAUGAUGAUCAAUGCAUUGAGGAUGAUUUUUCUGCUUGGCGAGAAUUAUUAUGGCCCGAGUUAGAUGAAUUACUUCGAGAUAAGGAUGACGUGAACACUGUGCCCACACCAUAUACUGCUGCUAUUCCUGAAUACAGGGUAGUGUUUUAUGAUAAUAUGACAUCUAGUGAGGAUAAGCACUUGAACAUGGUUAAUGGGAAUGCUUCAUAUGAUAUUCACCAUCCUUGCAGAGUUAAUGUCGCUGUUCAAAGAGAGCUUCACAAACACGAGUCUGACCGCUCUUGCAUUCAUUUGGAGUUCGAUAUAUCAGGCACUGGCAUUACAUAUGAAACUGGAGACCAUGUGGGUGUUUUUGCUGAAAAUUGUGAUGAAACUGUUGAAGAAACAGCAAAAUUGCUGGGUCAACCUUUAGAUUUGCUCUUUUCAAUUCACACUGACAAUGAUGAUGGUACAUCCUUGGGAGGUUCAUUGCCGCCCCCUUUUACUGGUCCUUGCACCCUUCGCACUGCACUGGCACGUUAUGCAGAUAUACUGAAUCCCCCUCGCAAGGCUGCAUUAAUUGUUUUGGCUGCUCACACGACUGAACCUAAUGAAGCAGAAAGGCUUAAGUUCCUGUCAUCACCUCAGGGAAAGGAUGACUAUGCGCAAUGGGUUGUUGCAAGUCAAAGAAGCCUUCUUGAGGUAAUGGCCGAGUUUCCAUCAGCAAAGCCUCCGCUUGGUGUAUUUUUUGCAGCAGUAGCCCCUCGCUUACAGCCACGUUACUAUUCCAUCUCGUCCUCUCCUAGAUUUGCUCCCAACAGAGUUCAUGUGACAUCUGCUUUAGUAUAUGGUCCAACUCCCACAGGCCGAAUUCACAAAGGGGUGUGCUCAACCUGGAUGAAGAAUGCAGUUCCCCUAGAGAAAAGCCGUGACUGUAGCUGGGCUCCUAUUUUUAUCAGGCCUUCUAAUUUUAAAUUACCGGCCAAUCCUUCAACUCCAAUUAUCAUGGUGGGACCUGGUACCGGCUUGGCACCUUUUAGAGGAUUUUUACAGGAAAGAUUGGCCCUGAAGGAGUAUGGUGCUCAACUCGGUCCUGCUUUACUAUUCUUUGGAUGUAGAAAUCGCCGAAUGGAUUUCAUUUAUGAGGACGAGCUCAAUAAUUUUGUUGAUCAAGGUGUUAUAUCGGAGUUGAUUGUUGCAUUUUCGCGGGAGGGACCACAAAAGGAGUAUGUUCAACAUAAAAUGAUGGAUAAAGCAUCAUACAUAUGGAAUAUAAUUUCCCAAGAGGGAUAUCUUUAUGUUUGUGGUGAUGCCAAGGGCAUGGCCAGAGAUGUUCAUCGCACAUUGCACACCAUUGUACAAGAGCAGGAAAAUGUCGACUCGUCGAAGGCAGAAGCUAUCGUGAAGAAAUUCCAGAUGGAUGGACGAUAUCUCAGGGAUGUCUGGUAACAAGUUUUUAAAGUUAUCCCGCUCUCCAGUCAUUUGCCACAUCUUUGGCAGGUAUGGAGGUGGAUUCAUUUUUAUAUAUUCUCUCAUUCUUGGAUGACAUGCUCCUAUCUUCCUUUCUGGAGUUUUUUCAGCAGAACAACACUACGAGUAAGACAUGAAUUUCGUUCUGCUAGAUGAUUGUUUGUUCAUUUAUUGGAGAGGAAGUAAUUUAUUUGAAGUUUGUAAUUUUGUUGGUUCAACUUUACACACAAAGUAUCAUAUUGUUUAGUUACAAUGUCGUCAAAACACAAUAUUAUAGGUCGCCGUAGGUUGUUUUGAGUGGUUCUGUAAGAAUAAUUAUGUAAAAGUAGACCAGGUAGAGGUAGAAUACCGCUGACAUUUGCUCUUUUUGAAGAGACCUAGAAAAAUAUUCAUAUUCUUCAAGUCUUCGAUCAUUUUGUUGUUA